GUUCCUGCUCUACGACAGUCGUUUCCUGUAAUCGUACAGUGUUGUGAAUCGGAGAAAGCCAUGUGUGUCAAUACAAAGAGCAUUAAAGAACACCCUUUUUGAAGGGCGUCAUUGCACAAAGAGAAGAAAGCCGUUUCAAAGGGCGAGGAAGCAAGUUCUGUUUUUCAGCAAACUCUGACAAGAUGGCAGAUCCCAUUAUGGACCUAUUUGAUGACACGCCACUGUUUAACCUGGAUCCUCUAUCAGAAGAAACCUUUCCCCAGAGUUCUUCAGACCCAGUUGAGGAGGCUCUAAAGUUGGCCUUGGGACAGGUGGACCCUGCAUUAAAUGCAACCACAGACUCCAGUAACCCUGUGUUUGGUGACAGUUCCCCAGCUCCUAUAAAAUCCACAACACCUAUAGACACCCCUGUCUCUGCUGUACCACUCCAUAUACAACAAAUUCCCCAGACAGCAUCUGUUGCUGCAGCUUCAUUUUCUGCUCAGGCAAUGCCACGGUCCUCUCUUCCCAUGGCUGGUACUAGUAGGGGUUCAACUGCUGUUCUUUUAAGUUCCCCUUUGGCUCUACCUGUGUCAGGUGCCCAGGCUACACUGCAACAGCUUUCUGCAGUUACUCAAAAGACAUCAAGGCAGACAGCUCCAAAAAUCAUGAUUCUGAAGGGCCCUCAUGGUCAGGCCCAGGUGCUACAAAGUAUUGCAGGAACUGCAGGCUCUCCUGGGAAACUUACCAUUGCAAGAGUUCUGACAGGGACUCCUGUGAAACCUGGAAUGUCCAUUGUCUCAGGCGGAGCAGUGUUAAAUGCUGUCCACGGACAGGUAAAGAUGGGCACAGGUGUCCAGAUGGUGCAGACACCCAAUGGACCCAUGAAGCAGGUGCUGCUGACCUCGUUGCCUCAGACACGGUCACAGGUGCCAAAGCUGCACUUACAGACUCAAACACAGCCAGGACAGGUUUCAGUACAAGCACAAGUCCAGGAGCAGGUGGCAUCUGGAAGUACAGUGGCUGCCCAACCACAAGGUGUAACUUUGUCAACAGUACAUCAACAGGGUGAUGCUAAGAGAAUUACACUUGUACUGCAGCAGCCUUCUCAGGGUGGUGUGAACCAAGCCGGAGCAGUUUCAGCUGGAGGCACUUCAACUCCGGGGUCUGGACAGCAGGUUCAGCAGCCCAGGCUUGUUUUGGGCACUCUUCCUGGGAAGUUAGUCCUUCAGGGUGGGCAACUGGCAGCACUCACCCAGGCUAGAGCAGGUCAAACAGGGGCGCAGUCAAAAGUACUUACUAUCCAGCUUCAAAUGCAGCAGCCUAAUCAACAGGGAGCCAAGUUUCAGCUAGUCUCCAGUACUCCCAGUGCUGAUACCAGUCCCCAGGUCAUCCAGAUUUCUCAAACCCAGGGAGGACAAAAACUGGCAGUACCUAUUAAACUUCUCUUGCAGCCACAGACGAGCUCAGCUUCCAGUCCUGGGAGUACCAUUUCUGUAUUGAAGGUCAUCAAUACCUCAGCUGGGUCUUCUGCCAACUCCACCACUACAGCUGCCUUGCUGGGUGUGCGUGUGGCCAAGGGUCAUGAACCUUUGCGGAAAGUGGAGACCUUGUGCAAACAAGAAAAAGCCAAUCGAAUUGUGGCUGAGGCUAUUGCUCGCGCUAAAGCCCGUGGUGAGAGGAACAUUCCACGGGUUCUAAACCAUGAUGAAUUGCCUGAUGGUCAAAUCGCUGACAUAGAAAGUGGUGCAACUCCAGUUGGAGUCAAGAAAGCUGUGUCCGGAAGCAAAAAGAGGAGCCUUCCUAUGGGUACAACAACCACUAAAUCUGUGGUUGAGGAAAAAAAGGUGAAGGUGAAGUGUGUUGGAGCUGUGGUGGCUGGAGGAGCAGGAGGGGGUGGCACAAAGAGUAAAGGCAAAACAAAGUCCAACACCAUCACUCUAGUCUCUGGAAAAAAAAGAAAGAGAAAUGCAUCUUCAGACCAUUCAGAUGAAGAGCUAAACCCUUCUACCACACCUAACACACAAGAUGAAGACCUGUCACAGAUGAGACGUUCUAAUCGUCAAGUGAAAAGAAAAAAAUACACAGAAGAUUUAGACAUUAAAAUCACAGAUGAUGAAGAUGAGCCAAGUGAAGAUGUGAAUAUAACCACCAUUGCAGCCAUGUCUGGAGGACACAAUCAGUCUACAGGGGUUCAGCUUCAAGAGAUGGAUGGGGAUGGCCUCUCUAGCAUGCAGUUUUUUGUGGAAAACCCAAGUGAAGAGGAUGCAGCCAUUGUGGAUAAAGUUUUGGCCAUUCGCCUUGCCAAAAAAGAGAUAUGUCCAGGCCAGUAUACCACUGUGGAGGAAUAUUUUGUGAAAUACAAAAACUACUCAUAUUUGCACUGUGAGUGGGCCAGUCUGGAACAGCUUGAGAAAGACAAGAGGAUCCACCAAAAGCUUAAAAGAUUCAAGGCAAAGCAGGCUCAAAUGAGACACAUCUUCCAGGAGGAUGAAGAGCCUUUCAAUCCAGACUAUGUGGAGGUGGACCGUAUACUGGAUGAAUCCAAAAGUGUGGACAAAGAAAAUGGAGAGCCAGUUGUGUAUUACCUAGUGAAAUGGUGCUCUCUACCUUAUGAGGAUGCCACCUGGGAACUAAAGGAAGAUGUAGAUGAAGGAAAGCUGGAAGAGUUUAAGAAGAUUCAGAGUCGCCAACCCAGACUUAAAAGAACUACUCGGCCACCUGCAACUGCCUGGAAAAAGCUGGAGCAGUCCCAUGAAUACCGUAGUGGAAACACACUAAGAGAGUAUCAGCUAGAGGGAGUCAACUGGCUUCUCUUCAACUGGUAUAACAGGCAGAACUGCAUUUUGGCAGACGAGAUGGGUCUGGGUAAGACAAUCCAGUCAAUAGCUCUACUGUCUGAAAUGUUUGCUGCUGGGGUCCAUGGACCCUUUCUGAUAAUUGCCCCCCUGUCUACGAUCACCAACUGGGAACGAGAAUUUUCCACGUGGACUGAAAUGAACGCUAUUGUCUAUCAUGGAAGUCUGGCCAGCAGGCAAAUGAUCCAGCAGUAUGAGAUGUACUGUAAAGAUGAUAAGGGGCACCUAAUUCCAGGAGCAUACAAAUUUGAUGCUUUGAUCACAACAUUUGAGAUGGUUCUGUCUGACUGCCCAGAGCUACGUGAAAUCUACUGGCGUUGUGUAGUCAUUGAUGAAGCUCAUCGGCUAAAGAACCGAAACUGCAAGUUGCUUGACAGCCUAAAGAUGCUAAAUUUGGAGCAUAAAGUAUUGCUUACAGGCACACCACUGCAAAACACAGUCGAGGAGUUGUUCAGUCUGUUACAUUUCUUAGAUCCUUCACAGUUUCCCUCAGAGACAGAGUUUCUUCGUGAAUUUGGUGAUCUCAAAACAGAGGAGCAGGUGCAGAAACUGCAAUCUAUUCUGAAACCUAUGAUGCUACGUAGAUUAAAGGAGGAUGUUGAGAAGAACCUGGCACCAAAGCAGGAGACCAUUAUUGAGGUGGAGUUGACUGAUGUGCAGAAGAAGUACUACCGUGCUAUUUUGGAACGCAACUUCAGCUUUUUGAGCAUGGGAGCCAAUCAAAACAGCAAUGUGCCCAAUCUCCUGAACACCAUGAUGGAGCUUCGCAAAUGCUGCAACCACCCUUAUCUGAUCACAGGUGCUGAAGAGAAGAUAUUGGCUGAACUAAGGGAGAUGUAUGAUUCCUCUGCACCAGACUUUCACCUUCAGGCCUUGGUGCGCUCCGCAGGAAAAUUGGUUCUACUUGAUAAGUUGCUUCCUCGCCUGAAGGCUGGUGGACACAAAGUGCUUAUCUUCUCUCAGAUGGUGCGCUGUCUCGACAUUCUAGAAGAUUACCUUAUACACAAAAGAUACCUCUAUGAGCGGAUUGAUGGUCGCGUAAGGGGAAACCUUCGACAAGCAGCAAUUGAUCGCUUCAGUAAAUCAGACUCUGACCGGUUUGUCUUCUUGUUGUGCACACGAGCGGGAGGAUUGGGUAUUAAUCUGACAGCAGCUGAUACUUGUGUCAUAUUUGACUCUGACUGGAACCCACAAAAUGACCUUCAGGCCCAAGCUCGUUGUCAUCGUAUCGGCCAGUCUAAGGCAGUCAAGGUCUACCGUCUUAUUACUAGAAACUCCUAUGAACGAGAGAUGUUGGACAAAGCUAGCCUGAAACUAGGCCUGGAUAGGGCUGUGCUACAAAGCAUGAGUUGCAAUAAGGACAGCAAUGUCAAUGGGGUUCAACAGUUCACCAAAAAGGAAAUUGAAGAUUUGCUCAGAAAAGGAGCCUAUGCUGCUAUUAUGGAUGAGAACGACGAGGGUAGCCGUUUCUGUGAAGAGGACAUUGACCAGAUCCUUCAGAGGAGAGCUACAACUAUCACUAUUGAGAGUGAGGGCAAAGGAUCUACCUUUUCUAAAGCCAGCUUUGUUGCCUCUGAAAAUAGGACUGACAUUGCUCUGGAUGACCCAGAAUUUUGGCAAAAGUGGGCUCAAAAAGCAGACAUAGACUUGGACACAAUGAACAGAAAGAAUACCCUUGUGAUUGAUACUCCAAGAGUGAGGAAACAGACACGACAGUACUCUUCACUGCAUGGGGAGAGUGGUGAACUUUCAGAACUAGACAGCGAUGAGGAGUUUUCAACAAAUAAUUCAAGGCAGGCUCGAGCCUCUCGCCGCUCUGAGCGGCAUUCUGGAGUAGGUUAUGGCCGAACUGAUUGUUUCAGAGUGGAGAAACAUCUGCUGAUUUAUGGUUGGGGCCGCUGGCGGGACAUCCUCUCUCAUGCUCGGUGUAAACGUCGUCUUGGCGAAAAGGACGUUGAGACAAUCUGUAGGGUCAUCCUGGUGUUUUGUCUACUACAUUAUCGUGGAGAUGAGAAUAUUAAAAGCUUUAUAUGGGAGCUUAUCACGCCUCCUGAAUUUGUUCAAGAACCACACACACUCCUUAAUCACUCUGGUCUGUCCAUUCCAGUGCCUCGAGGUAGAAAAGGAAAAAGGGUAAAGGCUCAGAGUUCUUUUGAUGUGCAAAAGGCUGAGUGGAUCCACAAGUACAAUCCAGAUACACUUCUGCUGGAUGACGGUUAUCGCAAGCACCUCAAACACCAAUGUAACAAGGUGUUGCUGAGAGUACGCAUGUUGUACUACCUGAAACAGGAAGUCAUUGGAGAACAUGUUGAUUCUAUACUUGGAGGUGUUGAUUUCAGGGAUAUUGAUAUUUGGUUGCCUGAGAUGGAACAACAAGAUGUUCCAUCAGGCUGGUGGGAUGCAGAGGCUGACCGUUGUUUGCUUAUUGGGGUAUUUAAACAUGGAUAUGAAAUGUACACUACCAUGCGGGCUGAUCCCUUUUUGUGUUUUUUGGAACGAUGUGGUUGUCCUGAUGACAAGGACAUAAAGGCUGAACAGCAUUCAGUAGAUCCUGAUCUGAGAGAGGGAGGCAACUAUGACAAGUAUUCAGAGGACCCAGAGUUUAAACCUGUAUUGAGAGACAGCAAAGAAGUUUAUGAGGAGAGUUCUGACCCUCAGAAUUUGGAUGAGCUCUUUAUACAGGACAACUCCACUCCUAUGCCAGAAGUAGUACAACCCUCAGGAUCUGUAGGGACCUGGUACUGGCCAACAAGCUCAUCACUCACAGCUCGUCUUAGGCGGCUAAUCACAGCAUACCAGCGCAGCUACAGACGAGAGCAGCUGAAGAUGGAAGCGGCAGAAAAAGGUGACAGGCGACGCCGUCGCUGUGAGCAGGCCACUAAACUCAAAGAGCUUGCACGACAAGAGCGACAACAGAGGUGGACUCGGCGAGAAGAGUGUGACUUUUAUCGAGUUGUGUCCACUUUUGGUGUAGAGCAAAUAAAGACUGAGGUUGGAGCCCAAAAGUGUGUGGAGGGCAAACUGGACUGGACACACUUUCGAAAGUUUGCAAGACUUGAUAAAAAAACAGAUGAGAGUCUUAAUCAAUACUUCCACUGCUUUGUGGCCAUGUGUCGAAGGGUCUGUCGCUUGCAGCCAGCCCAUGGAGAGGAAUCCCCAGACUUGUCCAAGUCUUUAGCUCCCAUCACAGAGGAGCGAGCCUCACGUACACUUUACCGACUCGGCUUGUUGUCUCGAUUGCGUGAACUUGUUCUUUCCCACCCUUCCUUGGAAGAGCGGCUUCUUCUUGCACCACCCAGUUCUGACCUGCCCAGCUGGUGGUGCACCCCACAACAUGAUCAUGAACUGCUCUUAGGUGCUGCUCGUUGGGGCGUAAGCCGCACAGAGCACUCCAUCUUUUUAGACCAACAAUUCUCCUUCCUCAAAGCUUUUCGUGACUAUCUCCAAAGCCAGCAAACUACUCUUGUUGAAGAGAUUUAUGGCCAUGGUCUAACACAAGAUCAAACAAAAGUCAAAGAUUUAAGGCAAAGUAGUAAAGAGAUUCAGCUUUUUGACUCAAUUUCAGAGUCAGACACUUCAGCCUUUUCAUAUUUUGAAGGCAAAAAUAGAAGGCCGGUAGGCUGGGACUGUAAGAAAAGCAAAGACAGAAGAUCCAGGGGAAAUGAAAAAGAACAAGAAGAAACAGGUGGAGGAGGGCCAUCAGAUUCAGACUCAGAUUCUGACUCUGAUUCCUCUAUCUCCUCUCACUUUUCUCACAGCUCAGAUGCCAGUGGGGACAGUGAUGCUGAGGAUGAGCAGGAUGACUUAAAGAUGUGCAAUGUGUAUGAAGAGAACAGCACCCACUCACUUACACCUUCCCAAGAUGGCACACCCCCAGACAUUAUAAGUGACCCACUAAGAGUCAACUGGCCUAAGGAUCGUGUGUUAAUAAACCGAAUUGACAAACUCUGUUCUCUGGUUCUGACUGGACACUGGCCUUCUGGACGUCGGUACACUUUAGAAUCUCAGUAUUCCCUGACUUGUGAUAAACAGGGGCCUGGUGAAAAUCUGGGCUACGCUCGUGUAUCUCGCAAAGGCAAUGACAUUCUACCUGGACAGGAUACAGAAUUUACUGUCAAGCUCUUGAAAGAGGAAGGACUGAAGUUAACAUUUUCUAAACAAUCUUUAAUUCCUAAUGGGUCAGCAGGAGAGGCAAGUGGACGUCAAGGGCACAAAGGAAAGGAGUCAACAGUUACAGAUGCUCCUCGUAAAAGGGACCUGCCCAGCUGGCUUAAGGAAAAUCCAGACUAUGAGGUGGAGGGUGAUAUGCUAGAACUACUGGUGAACAGGACCAAAAGGAAAAGGAGAAAAAAGAAGACAGGAAGGGAAGGAGGACUAACAGGCAGUCAGAAGGUUAAGGUCAUAGACAUGCGAACUGGCAAAAAGUGUGAUGGAGAACGUGCACCUGCACUGCAAGAUCUGAAAAAUUAUCUUACAGAAAAUCCUCACCAUGCUGUUGCUCCCGAAUGGGCAGAUACUGUUCGUAACUCGGGCCUUCUGCCAGAACAUUUCUUUCACAGACUUUUGACUCUGCAUUCCUCGGACCGCAAAACCAGCCAUCAUACAACUUUAACCCAAUCUGACCCUCUUCUGGGAGGAGAUGAGCGUGAGAUGUUGAUUUCAGAUGGGCCUUUCAUAAUGGACCAUGAAGAUCUAAAUAGCGAUGACCUUACUUGUCGCCACUUCCUGACAUCUGCAUAUGACACAAAGAGAGAGGAUGGCUCCAGUGACGUGGACAAAGGAGAUGGUUUGUCACAGAUUGUGUAUGAUGGCUCUAGUAGAGAGGCUUUUUUAGAUGAUAUCAUUAUGGCACCUAAAAAUUCAGAUUCUUCUUCAAACUUACAAUAUUGACCAUGUCCAACAAUGUUUCCAUGUAGUCUUCUGAGAUCAUGAGGUUUAUUUGUUGUUGCUGCUUUUGAUAUUUUUAUUAUUGUUUAUGAAGUUGUACUAGGUAGUGUUGACUAUAUAAUUUAAUGUUUUUCAAACAUCAGUCCCAACAAUUUACUAUGUUGCCUAUGUCAAACUGUCUUUCAGCAUUCCCUUAAUGUUGUAUUUUUACGAAUCUGGGGUGUCUGUAAUGUUAUGCUGAAUGGGUUAUAUUUAUAUUCUGAACUGAGCCAUUGUAGUAUUUCAAUAUUUUUAACUGGAUCCAGGUCACUAAGGUCUUUGCCUUUCAGUAAAUUCUGAGACUGGUGUAUUGUACAAUGUAAAGAUGGCAAUAUAAUACAGAAAUUUAGUUCAUUCAUGUUUGAUGAAUUGACUUUGUCUCUCUUAUGUAAACAUGAAUAACAAUCUACAAGAAAAUCA